AUGCAAAACAUUUGUUCGAAUAGGUACACGUUGACGAAACGCUACAGCAGUACAGCUACUGGUGGAUGGAUCUGUAAAGAAUUCACCAAGAAAAUGAGCACCAGUAACAACAAUAACAACAAAACGAUGUACUUCGCUUUCGGUAGCAACCUGCUAGCCAGCAGGAUGCACGUCAUGAAUCCCACAGCAGUGAGAGCUGGCGUCGGUAAAUUGCAGGAUUAUAAACUGGAUUUUGUGGCCUAUUCCAAAUUGUGGAAGGGUUACGCAGCGACAAUCGUUCCCAAAAUGGGGAGUCACGUUUGGGGAGCUUUGUGGGAAAUACCGACUAAAGAUUUAGAUAAAUUAGACCAGCAGGAAGGCGUCCAAGCGAACAUAUAUUAUCCCAUAACUGUUGAAGUGUUAACUCCUGAUGGUAAAACGUUAAAGGCGAGGUGCUAUCGACAAGUAGGUGAAGCCGAAGAGAUCAAAUUGGAGAAUUUGCCGAAAGAGCGGAGGCCUACGCCUGCGUACUUGAAUACUAUGAUCGAAGGGGCCAUCGAGACCGGCUUACCGCUCGAUUAUGUCGAAGAUAUGAGAAAAAUACCCCACAAUGGAUCUAAAGAAGUUCCAAAUUUGAAUAUUUUGGAAUAG